AUGGUGGAAAACGUGAACGAGGGUGAAAACGGUACAGAUUUCCUUUACGAGGUCGACGCAAGCGGCAACCGUACCCUGGUUCGAUCGUACGAGGCGUUGCAGCGCGCCUUCCUGCGCUUCACCAACCGCACCCUGCGCCCCGUCGACGUGUUCUGGCGCGACUACAACGGCGUGAAGCAGUUCUACGUGCGCAUCGAGCCGGGCAAGCACUACAACAUCAACUCCUACAUCACGCACCCCUGGGAGUUCAUCGACUCGGCCACCAAGGAGCGCUACGUGGUGAACAACAAGCUGAUCUUCCGCGCGCCGGAGAGCGUGGGCGGCAUGAUGUUCCGCACCAACUGGAACAUCACGGUGCCGACGGUGCGCUCGCUGCGGUUCUGCGCCAUGAUGUCUCUGAUGCGGCGCGUGGAGCCCGAGCAGGUGGCCUCGCUGGGGCUGCCCCGUACCCUGGCUGAUGAGCUGCGCCACUACAUGCUCCGUGUGCGACGGUCCUCCGCCCCGCAGCCCGUCGCAUGACAGAGGCAAUUCUCCACAAACCUCCUCAAACAGACAAUAUCCACAUUCCUAUUCCUGGUCAUCACGGAUCUAGUGUACAACAUUGUAGUGACUUGCUUACCGUUUUUCGGUUAUCAGCCUAAUACAGACAAGUAAUUGCCUUGUUUGGUUGUCACACAUUUCCGUUAUCUAAUACUUGUUUUGUUAUAACCGGUUGGGUUUGAAUGUUUUGUUCAUUAUGUUGUAAUCAUUAGAGUAGAGGCUGUUGCGAUGCUAUGCGAUA